AAUGUUUUUCGAUAUCACCAUUUUUACAAUUUCCGCUUAUAACUCGAAAACAGAAGUAGGUGGCCAAAAAUACUACACUUGUUAGUUUCUCAGAAAAAGAGACCGAGAAUGGGGUAUCAGAUUUUGUCUAUCUCAUCUGGUUUAAAAGUUGUAGUGCUAAAACAUCGAAAUUUGCCCACCCUGUACGUGUGUAUUUAAUCUCAUAUUGCUUUCAGGGGCUUAUGCAUUCUAUUGAGAAUGCUUUAAUGUGAUUAAAUAUGUUUUGAUGUUCAUUCGUUAUUAUGUGCAUUAACAUUUCCAUCUCAACUCUUCAAGAGUGCAAUCCUAAAAAUAUUCGAUUUUAUUGCAAUAAACUGUUAGAAUUAUAUAUCUUGUAAUUUUUUUCCUGCAUCAGAAAAAGUCUGUUCAGGACAAGAAUUCGAAUAUUUCAUUAUCUUUUCGAAUAUUGCGUCUUCGCAUUUGAUCUUCUAGAUUCAAAAUCCUGUAACUCACAAUGCAUUGCAGGAAGCUAUACGCAAAUCAUUUCGUUAAAUAAUAACGCAAGAUGGCAGCACCAGAGAAAUCAUAUUGCAACCAUAGACCUAUAAUAAUAAUAAUGUUAUUAUAGGUCUAUGUAUUGCAAAUAUUGUUCAAUAUAAUAUUGGGCUUAUAUAUUCGUUGUAAAUCAGAAAAAGCCAGUCGAAUGUUUUCUUUAACAUGAGCGUGUGAAAAAUAUCCAAUUUUUUUAGUUUUUUAAAUAAUUUAAGGUUCUAUGAACUAGCGAAUUUUUUUCGGAUUUUUUUUUCAGAUGUCGCGGUUUUUUUGACAUAGAAUUCGGUAGUGGAGUCGCAUUGGCAACACUGAAUUUUAGUCUUCAAUUUUAUCUGCCUAUAUAUUUCAAAAAGGGCGCUUUUUCAAUGUAAUCGAAUUUGAAGAUUUCAUAUGGCUCGACCUAGACCUAGACGCCAAUAAAUUCAACUUGUAGUACUACGACAAAAUAUAACUAUUAUACAUUCUAUGGUUGAGAUCACAAAAUAUUAGUAAACGUGCUAACCACAGAACACUAACCAUCAAGUGCUCUACUUAUCUAUGGUGCUAACCAAAGAGUCUUCACCACCACAGUUACAGUAUAGACCUAGUAUCACAGACUAAUCUGUGCUAGUAUCACUAUCAUGUUUCAUAUGCGGCAUGCCAGAAUUUCUCUCUAAGGGCCUGUCCAUUUGAUAUAAGGUGUAUGGUACUCGCACAGUGCACAGUAGAGAUAAUACAAAACAAACAUUUCUCGAUUUGUACUUGUACAUAUUUAUUUUCACAAUUAAAAAUUUACGAAGUGUUGAAGUCAGAAAUGGAAGUCCUAGAUGAAACUAAUCAUCACAAAGUAAAGAUGGAAAUGGGAGUAGAUGAUGAAAGCUAUGAAAAAGGAAAUUCAUUUGACUUGGGAUUUCAGUACACGACUGAUGGGGGGCAUAUUGAUGAAAAGACUGAAAUCAUGGAUAUUGCUCAUCAUUACACUGAUGAGAAUGGAAUAAGAUCGUCUAUUAAAUAUGAAAUAGGCGAGUUUGCUUUGAACCAGAAGAACAAUCUCGAAGGGUAUAUAGCUGCUGUUCAUUUAAAUGACAAAGAACAUAAAUGUCACUUAUGUGAUUAUGCAUCCAACCAGAAAGUUCACCUCAAAAUUCAUAUUGAUUCUAUUCAUUUGAAUAAAAGAGAACAUAAAUGUCACUUAUGUGAGUUUGCAGCUAACCAGAAAGUUCACCUCAAAAUUCAUAUUGAUUCUAUCCAUUUGAAUAAAAGAGAACAUAAAUGUCACUUAUGUGAGUUUGCAGCCAACCGGAAAACUAACCUCAAAAAGCAUUUGGAUUCUGUCCAUUUGAAUAAAAGAAAACAUAAAUGUCACUUAUGUGAUUAUGCAUUCAACCGGAAAACUAACCUCAAAAAAGCGGAGACCAAAGCCGAAAAGUCUACAACAAAGAGGAUAUUGCGAACAACUGAAAUGAAGACCCUAGAAACAAUAACAGGAUACAAACUGGCAGACAGAAUGGUAAAGGUCACCAGGGACUACAAACCCCUCAGAAGAAGAUCCAUCUGA